GGCAGGGCGAAAAGGUCGGCGUCGAGGAAGGCAAGCCGAAGAAAAGGAACCACUGCUUGCUGCCCGAGCGCCCCGCGAUGGUCUUAGUGGUGGUCAUGGGAGUGAGCGGCUCCGGGAAAUCCACAGUGGGCUCACUUCUGGCAGAUAAGCUAGGUUGGAAAUUCUAUGAGGGUGAUGAUUAUCAUCCAGAGGAGAACAGAAAGAAAAUGGCCGAAGGAAUACCUCUAACUGAUCAGGAUAGGAUACCAUGGCUUUGCCACCUACAUGAUAUAUUAAUGAGAGCACAUGCAUCUGGACAAAAUGUCAUCUUAGCUUGCUCAGCUCUGAAAAAAGUGUAUCGGUGCAUUUUGGAGAACGGAGAGGCUGGUUGUCAGAGUUUGAAUAAUCAACAAGAAGAAAAGGAGUCCACUCAAAGAAAGAUCCUUUUUGUCCACCUGGCAGGGCCAAUAGAGCUCAUUGCCAGCCGUCUAGAAAAAAGAAGUGGACAUUUCAUGCCACCAAGUCUACUACAGUCUCAGUUUGAUACUCUUGAACCGCCACGUGUGCCAGAAAACUUUAUCACUGUUAAUUUGGAAAAGUCGGUUUCAGAAAUAGUAUCUGACAUUGAAAGACAUCUGAGAAGUUUGUACUGAUGUUUCUCCAGGUUUUCUUGUUUUGAAGCAGGAUAACCCCAAAUAAAAUGUUGCUCUCACAUAAUUUAUUCUCCUGAUUAAGCAACAUAUUUAUGUUUUAUUUACUAUACUUGUAGCAUGAAUAGAAAAUUAAGCCUGCUUAGUUUUUGAUUUAUUCAUUAUCUUAUAUCUAAUUUAAGAUUUUUUAAAUAUCAUAAUAUUGACAUUUAUUUUAAAAACUGCAGUUGAAAGUUUAAACAAACUCUUGGUGAGCAAUCAUAUAUUUCAUUUAUACUUGCUGAGUGAGAGAAAAGACUGCUGUUGCAUUUGGUAAAGUGGAGUAUCAGAAAACAUAGCAAUAUCCUUGAACCAGCUGAAAAUGUAAUUUCAUAGUAGUAAAAUGCUGCCAAAAAAAGGAGAAUUGGAAUGUUGAAAGCAACAGGACCUCUUAUUCUAGGGUGACUAACGCAAAAUCCUACUCUGUAUCUGUCUAUCCAGCAUAAGCAUAUUCUUUUUACUGGGUGGGGAAGGGGCUACAUUUUAAUUUGUAUUAAAAGGCAAAAUCAUAACAUCAAAA